AUGCGUGACGGCAAAAAAUCCGUGUUGGUCAUCAACGGCCCCAAUCUCAACCUGUUGGGCACGCGCGAACCACAGUUGUACGGCUACGAGACCCUAACGGACGUCGAGGCUGCGGGAAAGCAGCAGGCCGAACAGCUGGGGGCUUAUGUCGAGUUUUAUCAGAGCAACUGGGAGGGUGCCCUCGUCGACAAGAUCCAAGCCGCAAGAACGGACGGCACCGAUGGGAUCGUAAUCAACCCCGGCGGUUUUACGCACACGUCGGUGGCCCUCCGUGAUGCACUACUCGGCGUCUCGAUUCCGUUUAUUGAGUUGCAUGUCGCCAACAUCCAUGCGCGGGAGGAGUGGCGGCAUCACUCGUACUUUUCAGAUAAGGCCAAGGCCAUUAUUGCUGACGGACGGACAGGCACCGAGUGCGAGUACAAGGGGGAGAAAUGCAAGCCGGGCAUGCGACCAGGGGUCAUCGAGGCCAUCCAUCGCCGAUUGGACGGCCUAGAGAAAUCCAUCGAAGAACUGAAGUCGUCCGAAUCUAGCAAUGCUCCCAAGUCUCAGGAACCACACGACAUGGUCCGUCUGGCCAGAGAGCUGCACCGGCUCAAUGAAUCCGCCCAUCUCGUCACCGGCUCACCUCACAAACGCCGUCGGAUUGACGACGAUGCUACUGCUCCUGUUCCCCAAUACCCGGGCACACCCUCCCUGCCGCCAGAACCGAUUCUACAGGCCAUCAUCGAGGCGUACUUCUCACACUUGCACCCGUGGAUCCCCAUGCUGCAACAGGCCCGCUUCAGCCAGCGUCUGGCCGACCCGGCCACGCGUCCGAAGCUCCUAGUCAUCCUCCACGCGAUGGUCGUCGCCGCCACGCGAUACGUCGACCCGGCCUGCGUCUCCGGGCCGCUCCCAAUGCCGGCCGAACGGGAACAGACGCGCAGCUGGGUCCUCUCGACGGCCAUGAGCGCGCUGGUCAUUGAGAACCUGCAAGCCUUAACUAUCAUAGCGUUCAACGACAUCGGCAACGGUGAGGCGAUGCGUGCGUGGGCCAUCAUCGGCUCCCUGACACGCACCGCCGAGUACCUCCAACUGACCGUCGAGAAGGAUGGGCACGACGAGCAGGGUACCCCAGACCGAGCGUCCCUCUCCCGGCCCUUUGUCUCGCUGCCGCCCUCGCCGGGGGAGCCUUGGAUCGAACGCGAGGAGCGGCGACGGGUGUUUUGGAACAUCUUCAGCUUGGAUCGCUUUUGCUCCAUCACCACAGGCUGGAACACGAGCUUGACGUCGGAUGACGUGUGUCGGCGUCUGCCCUGUGAUAUCAGUCUGUGGUGGCAAGACGAGCCGGUUGUGACGCCGUAUUUCAACAUCUGGGAUAAGUCGGCCGGGCGGAUCGGGAAUCCCAUCACCUUUCUCCCGUCCCAGUAUACCAACAAUGACAAUUCCCAUCACAUGAACAAAGGCACCAGUCCGGCAGAAUCCAGCCACUCGCCGAAUCAGCACUCGCCCACAAUCAACAUGACGACGGUGGGCGCAUUUGCGUAUUCGAUAGAAGCGACAGAGAGUCUCAGCCAGGUGACGACUUACUUUUUGCAGCAACGGGUCGACAUGCGCGAUCAGCAUGAGUUGGGCAGCUGGCUCACACGCUUCAAGGAGCUGGACCUGCGCCUCAUCCACUGGAAGAUGCUGCUGCCGCAGAAAUGGAAGGCCGACAUGGCCCGUCAGGACAGCCGCAUGGAUCCCAAUCUGACCCUCGCCCACGUCUCUCACAACACCUCCAUCAUCCUGCUCCACCAGCCCAUCGCAUUUCCCGCCCCCAGCUGGGCCUUUGCUGCCCGUCUACCCAGCGCCUGUAGUGCGGAUACUUGUUCGGCCGCGGCAGUCGAGGUUGCAGCCAUCGCCCGCAACUACCUCAAGACGCUGCCCGCGAGGCUCCCCGUGGCGAACCUGUUGGCAUUUUGUCUGUUCAUCGCUGCCCGUGCUCUCCUGAUCCACUGGCAUGGGGAGUUUGGACGAGAUGUCGAGGCUGUGGAGAGGGUACGACGAGGGCCGCCCCCCUCGGACCUGGCAGGGCGGUAUGCGCAGAAACUGCGAGAUCUACAAUCCCGCUGCCUCAAGGAGGAGCUUUACUGUAUCGAUCCAUCGGGAUAUACCGCUGAAGUAUCGGAUUUGGAACAGCCGCCAGUGCAGAAUGCGGUGCCAGAUAUCUUGCAAAGCGUGGACAGCGUGCCGAUUGGUCAGAUUCCGGCUCAUAAUUCAGUGUACCCGACUGGCACUGGUGAUCUGAAUAUGAUAUCGCAGAUGUUUCUAGACCCCAAGUUUAUGGACAUGGAUCGUAUCAUCAGCUUCCACGAUGGCAUGUUCAACGCGGAUGAUUAUGCAGUAUAA